CCGCGCGUGCGCAGCGGGAGCAGCGGCCAUGGCGCGGCCGGGCCGGGCCGGUCUCAAGGAGCAGCGCUACGACCGCCAGCUCAGAUUGUGGGGUGACCAUGGCCAAGAAGCGUUGGAAUCUGCCCAUGUUUGCGUGAUAAAUGCAACAGCAACAGGAACUGAAAUACUCAAAAACUUGGUACUGCCAGGUAUUGGUUCGUUUACAAUUGUCGAUGGGAAUCGAGUCUCUGGAGAAGAUGUUGGAAAUAAUUUCUUUCUACAAAAAAGCCAUAUUGGUCAGGUAAGGAGUUAAUAAAUGUCAGUUUACGUGUAUUGACAGCAUGGAGGUGUUGAGUAUUUAAAGGUAGUAUUAUCAAUAAUUCUCAAAGCAUAUGUGUAUAGGUUAAAGUCUGUUUAUUCUUUAACAGAAUCCCCCGUGUUUAUUUUUAGUUGCUCAUGAGCGAGAAGAUAAACUCAAUUGUGGCAAGAUUGAAUAGAAAAAAAUGAAGAGCUUAUGAUUAAAAUCUAUGGAAGGAUGAGGCAUAAGACCAUUGUGGUUAAAGGAGUAAAGCUAAGAGGAGAGAGGGAAAUGGGGAAAAAAUAUCACAAAAACAGAGUGUACAAGAGGCAUAGAUAACUCCUGGAAAUUCUGUAAUGAAACUGGAAAUUAGGAAAUAGCUGUCUCACAAUUUGUCUUUUUAAAAUGGUAUUACAGAAAAUGCUCUCAAAUGAAGUGCCUGCUAUUAUGGGAUGCAUUUUUGCUUCAGAUGAGCAAGGCUUGAAGUAAUGAGCCUUAGCUUGUAAAUGAGCUUUGUUGUGGGGUGUUUUCUGGGGUUGUUUUGUUGGUAUUGCUUGGUUUGGCAUUGUUAGCA